AUGGUGCGUCGUACUUGUACUUUCAAUCUCUUACACGAGAUGUCAGUUGGUUGCCAUCAACAUCAAAUUCUAAACAUGGCGUCGGCAAUGGAUAUCGACGAUGAAGAAAGUGAUUUACCAACUUCUAGUAGCAGUAAAGGAGAGAAAAAACGUUUUGAAGUUAAAAAGUGGAACGCUGUGGCUCUUUGGGCAUGGGAUAUCGUGGUAGACAAUUGUGCUAUCUGUCGUAAUCACAUAAUGGAUUUAUGUAUAGAGUGUCAAGCAAAUCAAGCAUCAGCUACUAGCGAAGAAUGUACCGUAGCUUGGGGUGUAUGCAAUCAUGCAUUCCAUUUCCAUUGCAUCUCACGUUGGUUGAAGACUCGACAAGUUUGUCCACUAGACAACCGGGAGUGGGAGUUUCAAAAAUAUGGACAUUAGCAAAAUGUGUUCAACUGCAACAAACAUCGGAACCUUCAAGAAUGUCAAAGCCGACGCAAGUUUAAUUAUGUGCGAACAACAAUUAACAAUUUGGUGUUAUAUUGGAGCAGAAAAUCUGUAGCAAGCUACGAGUGUCAGCAUCAAAACGAGAGAACUGAAAAUUUGUUUUAAACGCAAAGUUUUUAGAAUGCUACCGCACGAGCAUCAAGUUUAUACUGCGACAUAUAUUCAGUUUGAAAUGAAGACCUAAAAAUAGGAGCUAUCGAACCUUUCUUAUUCUGUCGGUUACACAUUAUGUGACAAUGUAACUUAUAGUCGUAAGUGCUUGAAUAAAUAAAAACCAUAAAAUAUGCAACAUUA